CCCCGCACCCCCACCGCUUCCCGCGGGGCCCGCGGCUCCCCGGGUGGGCGCGUGCGGGCCCGGGCGGGGGCGGGGCCUGGGCCGGGCGCGCGCCGCGUCCCCUCCCCGCCCCGCGCUCGGGUGGCGCCGGCCUCGGUGUCAAUGGGAGCGCGGGGCUGGGCCGCCUCCGCGGCCGGCAGGUGGGCCUCCCGGCCCGCGCCCCGCGCCCCGCGCCGCCCUCUCCCUCUCCGGCUUCCUCUCCAUCUUGGCUCCGGCGGCUCGCCUUCGCGGUUGCUCCCUGGCCGCCGAGGCCGGGUGACCUCAGCCAACGUGAGGAGACUGUGGGUCGGAGGCAGCCUGCGUGCCUGAUAGUUCGCCUUAGAGGCGCGGGGGCAGAGGCGCAAUUCUCGCUUCCUGCGCCCCGCAAACAUUGCUGGAGCACGUAGUGUGGCGGUGCGGAGAGAGGCACACAGUAGGAGACAAAGCCAGGCCUGUCCUCUAGCCCCGGCCUCCCGACCCCCGAGGUGUCCGUGCUGGGGCAGCCCCGCCCUGGGGAGCUUGGGGAGGGAAGCGCCAGGUUGGCCAGGGAGCGAGCUGCUAGCAGGUGCUCCCUCCCUAACGCAGAGCUGAAGCGCUCUUGCUCGUCCCAGACGCUUUAGCUUGGUGGAGGUCUUUGCCCUGAUUUCUCUUGCCCUGCCCCUUCCCCAAACACAAAUUCAUAAGGUGAAUUUUGAAUAGAUUUUCUCCCUUGCCUCGUCUUCAAAAAAAAAAAAAAAAUUCCCCAUCUAUUUUCUUCUUGCAAAUAGAAGACCCAGAAAGGCGGGUCAGUUACUCAGUGUCCUGAGGAAACACGUACACAUUUGCCAAACAUCAGCCAUGUUCUGGGUGGUCUCUUUGAGAUUUUGAAGAAGCUAGUUCUCACUGCACCAAAAAAUCAGUUCCACCAGACAGCCCCAGGGGACCUCCCAGAGCGAGGGGCCAAAUGGAAAGGUUGCCUGGGGACAGGAGAGGCAAGCGGCCAGGGGAAAACGUGUGUUCUAAUAGCUGGGCAUUUCUAUGACUCUGAAAGCAAACUUGUUUGUUUCAUUUCAACAAUAGAACACACACACACCCCUGUUUUGGAAAUGUUACCCAGCAUAAAAAUACAUUUGCAAUGGGGGGAGGGGGAUGGGGGGGGUGGAGUUCAGGCCCACCCAGAAGAAAACAUUUUUUUCCCCCUGAAUUUUUAAAUUUGUUAUUUCUCAGUGUGGGUUUGCCGCAUUCUACACAAAUAGCUAUGUCAAAAGUGGUGUGUAAUGCAAUUUGAAUAUCUAAAUUUGAGCCACAUUCUACUUUUCUAGGAAUUUGACAAAGGGCUCAGAAAGAGUUGUUUUAGAAAGUAAAUAACUUCUUCUCCAUCUCUCCUCCCACCCCCCACCCCCUACCUGCAGGCCAGUUUUCUUCUGUGUGUAUGCUUAGAGGGGAGCUUAGGGGAUAAAUCUGGUUUGCUUAAAAUUAGGGUGUCACUGGAAGUCAGUUUCCAGAUCAAAAACAAAGCUAAGGUACCCAACAUCCAAUAGGAUUUAUUUCCUCCUAAAUUUGCUAGGAUGGUUAUGCAGAUCUAUCAGAUAACAGGGAAAAAAUUCAGCAACCUCACCAAGACUCUUCUAUCCCUACAAGACUACAUUUGAAAGCCUGAAAAGAAGCCCAGGUGCUGGUGUGGAUGAGGAAAUCGCUGCCCAGAGAUGCUGAGUCACCUGCCUAAGGCCCCAGAGCUCGGGGUGGUGGAAUGAGGAUUCCUGACUCCAAAGCUCUCAACCGGUCCUCGGGAGCUCAGGCCUGGUGGUCCCUGAAGAAGUUGUGUCAUCACGUCCCCCCUGAGGCUGGAGAAGAGCCCUGUGCUGGGGGCUUGGCCGACUGGACAGCAGGCAGCAUGUGCUUCCAGAACUCAGAGUGGCUGUUCUCGAAUCAACACAUUCUCCGGGUGCACUACCCCGAAUUCGGAGUGUCGGAAGACUGCCUGUACCUUAACAUCUAUGCCCCAGCCCGUGCCGACACCGGCUCCAAGUUCCCGGUCAUGGUGUGGCUUCCGGGGGGCGCCUUCCAGACUGGCUCAGCCUCCAUCUUCGAUGGGUCCGCCCUCGCUGCCUACGAGGAUGUGCUGGUUGUGACUACCCAGUACCGGCUAGGAAUGUUUGGCUUCUUCAACACAGGGGACAAGCACGCGCCGGGGAACUGGGCCUUCAUGGACCAGCUGGCCGCCCUGACCUGGGUCCAGGAGAACAUCGAGUUCUUUGGUGGGGACCCGCGCUCCGUGACCAUCUUCGGCGAGUCGGCGGGAGCCAUAAGUGUGUCCAGCCUUAUCCUGUCCCCGCUGGCCCAGGACUUGUUCCACAAAGCCAUCAUGGAGAGCGGGGUGGCCAUCCUCCCCUACCUGAAGGCCCCGGAGGAAAAGCGGAAUGAGGAUCUGCAGAUGAUUGCAAAUAUCUGUGGCUGCAGAGCGGACAACUCCGAGGCCCUGCUGCGGUGCCUGAGGGCCAAGUCCUCCCAGGAGCUGCUGGGCAUCGGCCAGGUCGCCAAGUCUUUCACGCGAAUGGUUGAUGGUUUUUUCUUUCCUGACGAGCCUCUAGAACUGCUGAUCAAAAAAACGUUCCGCUCCGUUCCUUCGAUCAUUGGGGUCAAUAACCACGAGUGUGGCUUCCUGCUGCCCAUGAAGGAGUUUCCUGAGAUCCUCAGAGGCUCCAACAAGUCCCUCGCCCUACAGCUGCUGCACACAAUCCUGCACAUCCCCAGCCAGCAUUUACACUUCGUGGCGGAUGAGUAUUUCCACGGCGAGCAGUCCAUUUUUGAAAUACGAAAUAAUUUCCUGGACUUGCUUGGAGAUGUGUUCUUUGUGGUCCCUGGGCUGAUCACGGCUCGAUGUCACAGAGACGCGGGCGCCCCUGUGUACUUCUAUGAGUUUCAGCACCGGCCUCACUGCUUCAAGGACAGCAAGCCGGCUUUCGUCAAGGCCGACCACACGGAUGAAAUCCGGUUUGUUUUCGGAGGUGCCUUCCUGAAGGGGGAUGUCGUCAUGUUUGAAGGAGCCACCGAGGAGGAGAAGUUGCUGAGCAGGAAGAUGAUGAGAUACUGGGCCAACUUUGCUCGGACGGGGAACCCUAACGGAGCUGGCCUGCCUCGGUGGCCAGCUUAUGAUCAGAAGGAGCAGUACCUGCAGCUGGAUUUGAACCUGAGUGUGGGGCAGGGAUUGAGAGCGCAGAAGGUGGAGUUUUGGAUGGAAACCCUCCCUUUGAUCAUGGCCACUUCCGGGGGGGCCCAACUGGGUCCUCUUUUCUCCUUCAUCUUCCUUUCUCUGCUUCUGCCUUUCUUUUCCUCUUUUUCUCACGGAGGGGGUAUCUCUGUGUGAAUUUGAUUUUCCUCCUCCUGCUUCAAUGUCUCCCGCUAUCGUUGGCUUCUUUCUGUUGUUCAGCUACUUUAUGGAAUCAGCUGCUUUGGCUGAUCCUUAGGGAAUUCUUUGCAACAUCAAAAAAAGUGCAAUUUGCCUCGAAGGCUACCAGAUCUCUUCAAUACAUCUGCAGGGGGGGCUGGCUUCUUAGUUGGCAUAAUAAUGAUCGUGUUAUGCAUAUGAAAUAAAAGCAGAAUGUAAAAUA